CCAUGUCCGAGCGCACGUCGAUUCCUGACGAGAAAACCCUUGAGCGGCUCCGCUCCGACUACGGCCAAGCCAAGCCGCGCGUCGCACCGCUGGUCGCGCUGCGGCCGGAAGAGCCACACUCUGAGCCGGGAUGCGUCACGAAGGCGCACCGCUAUUUUUGCGGCUCGGUGAAGGCCACCAGCUACACGAUGCUGGCGCUUCUUUCGUUUGCGGCACUGUUCUGGAUUCCGAUGAUCUGGUACGUUAUUAUUCCGGCAGUGCUCGACAUGCUCGUCGGCGCAACGAGCAUCAACAUCCAUAACGCGACGAUGAGCGCUCCAACCGAGACCAGCAUGAGGGUCUCCGCCGUCGUUGAGAUCAACAACGCCGGCGCGCCGCCCAUUCCCCGCCGCCGCCCAUUCCCUUGCCUCACCUCCGGCCCGGUGUUAGGUCCCUUCGGGUGCGACGUCGACGCCUUCAACGCCACCGUCCAUGGCCCGCCAGAGGAGGGCGCGCCCAGCGGCCGGACGAUCGGCUGGAUGGUGGUCCCGCCAUUCACGCUCAAGGGCAACGGCCCGGGCGUCAUCAAUCCGUCUACAGUGAUGCACAUGGCGAAGCGUAUGCUCAACGGUGACGCUGUGCCGUGGAGAAUGACCGGCGAGAGCACCGUCUGGUCGAUGGGGAUCCCCUUCCCGCUCUCCAUCGACAAGGAGACCACCUUCCCACCGAUUCAGCUGACCAACUACGCCACGAGCAACCUCGAGAUGUCGCACGGCAACACGACGACCAACCAGCUCGUGAUUGACGCGGACGUGAGCUUUUACUCCGCAUCGCCCAUGCGUCUCGAGGGAUUCGGCCUCCUCAAGGCAGAGCUCUACUACGACGUGUCCGGCAACAACCCCGACCUCAGCCCAGCGGAACGUCUCAAGCUCGCCGGGCCUCCGCUUCGGGCAGGACACGUCAAGAUGGGCGAGUGCCACAUGUACGACUACACCGUGGUUCAGGGGAUGG